CACGCAAAGAGUUGAGGAGUGACGACAAAGCGCUUGCACAGAAUUCGUAAUCGAGGAAAGGCCCAAGCCCCAAAUAUUAUCGGCGGUGUCGGUGAUCCGUAGGAAGUCUUAUGAGAAGAGAAAGGGUGUUCUCUGAGCCCCUCUUUCUCUCUCUCUAGAAUUCCGACAUACAAUUCCUUUCCCAUUUCCCAAAUUUUCAACUCUAUUCCACACCUCUUGUUUGGUAGAUUUCUUGGGCUCCUCUGAUUUCACCGAUCCGUUAUCAGAUCCUCCGAUCCACAUUACUUGAAUCGGAGCGGAUCCAAUGGCGGCAUCGCGGCGGCUCCGGGACCUCCAAUCGCAACCGGCGAACAAGAUCUGCGUUGAUUGCUCACAGAAAAAUCCUCAGUGGGCAUCGGUUUCGUAUGGCAUCUUCAUGUGCUUGGAGUGCUCCGGCAAGCACCGCGGACUCGGUGUUCAUAUCAGCUUCGUCCGAUCUGUGACCAUGGACUCGUGGUCAGAGAUCCAGGUCAAGAAGAUGGAAUCCGGCGGCAACGAACGGCUUAAUUCGUUUCUCGCGCAGUACGGGAUUAAAAAAGAGACGGAUAUCGUCACCAAGUAUAACACCAAAGCUGCCAGCAUUUAUCGGGACCGAAUCCAAGCCCUAGCGGAAGGGCGGCCAUGGAGGGAUCCUCCGGUUGUGAAGGAGACCAUUGGCGCUAGCAAAAGUAAGCCUCCACUAGGGCAAAGUGCUGGUAAUGGCGGUAGGGAUGGUGGUUUUGGUGACAAUGGGGGUUGGGAUAGUUGGGACAAUGACGAUGGAUUUAGAUCCACGGACAUGAGGCGAAAUCAAUCGACUGGUGAUGUUAGGGGAGGAAGCGGAAGCGGCGGACGAGGCUUCCCGGCGAGGUCUCGGUCGACGGAGGAUAUGUAUACGAGGACAGAAUUGGAGGCUUCUGCGGCCAAUAAAGGAGACUUUUUUGCGCGGAAGUUGGCCGAGAAUGAAUCUAGGCCAGAAGGAAUACCCCCUUCGCAAGGAGGGAAAUAUGUAGGGUUCGGAUCCACUCCGCCUCCGCCACAGAUGAAUGCGCAAGGGGACGUUCUCAAGGACACUGUGUCUGUUGUCUCUCAGGGGCUGGGUAGGUUAACUUUGGUUGCUACCUCUGCGGCACAGUCUGCUGCCAAUGCUGUCCAAGCGGGCACAAAAGAGCUCAGUUCCAAGGUGAGGGAUGGUGGUUAUGAUUAUAAAGUGAACGAGACUGUCAAUGUUGUUACCACAAAAACAACAGAGAUUGGUCAUAAAACAUGGGGUAUCAUGAAGGGGGUCAUGGCAAUGGCUUCACAGAAGGUUGAGGAGUAUGCUAAAGAUGGAAUGAAAUGGAACAGUGAUGGCUGGCAGCGGAAUGAUAACGAGAAAAAUGGUUUCUAUCAGGAGUUUGGUCAGCAAUCCAAAGGAUGGAACUCGUCUUCUGAGGGAGGGCAGCCCUCAUCCGGUGGGCACGUCAAUUCUGUUAGCUCAAGCUCAUGGGAUGAUUGGGACCAAAAAGACAAUAAGAAGGAAGACUCCACAAAGGGGGCAUCCCAUAAUGGAGACAACUGGGCUGGCUGGGACGACGCCAAAGAUGAUGGAUAUGAAAAUUUCUACCAGAGUGCAUCUGAUAAGAAAGCUGUUGGUCGCAAUGGGAAAUCUGAUACCAUGUGGACAGAGGGAGGUUUUCUCUAAAGGUUAGUGUAUUUUCUCUUUCCAUUUCUUUCUUUCUUCUUAUUUUAUGUUUUCAUUGCCUGGAGUUUUAAUGUAACUUCUGGAAAGGGCUUGUGUUUCUUCGAAGUAGUUUAUAAAUGUACAACCGUCAACAAUGAGGGCUAAUUGCCCAAUUAAAAGAGGAAACUUUGCUGCUUGUGUGAGGGAUAUUAUUUGUGGUUUGAAAUUUUUAUAAUUGCUUUGUAAUUUUAAUGACUGGUCAAUCGUUUUUCAUUCA